UUAACCGCGACUACAAUUUCCGAGCUCCCUGUAGACGCUCCUACUGGACACGUGAAGGCAGCAUCACUGUGGAUGAUUGUACUCAACCUUCCCCACACGACACAGGCUCACAGACGACAGCAGCACUGACUGUCAGCAUCAGACAACAUGACCAUCAGAAACACUCUCCGGGACCAUGGACAAAGGUAUCGACCACGAAUGGCUUGUCUCAAAAAGGCGGAGAAGAUGCUGCUGGAGAUGCAGGACCCCGACACGGGGGUGAAGUCGCAGCCUCAGAGACUGGUCAUCACCACCAUCCCGCACGCCAUCACCGGAGAGGACAUCGUUGCGUGGUUGGCGGACCGGUUCCAGGUCGACACACAAGAAGCCAGAAGUUUUGGCUCCAUGCUGGUGGCGCUGGGAUACAUCUAUCCACUGCAGGACCACAAACGCCUAGUGAUCAAACCGGAUGCGUCUCUCUAUCGCUUUCAGACGCCGUAUUUCUGGCCCACACAGCAGUGGCCGGUCGAGGACACAGAUUACGCCAUCUACCUGGCCAAGAGAAACAUCCGGAAGAAAGGAAUCCUGGAGAUACAUGAGCAGGAGCAGUACAACCGUCUGCACAAGUGGAUGAAUCACAAGUGGGACUUCAUAGUGAUGCAGGCUAAAGAGCAGUACAGAGCGGCGAAGGAGAGGAAGAAACCCGACCGUGUGGUGUUUGACUGCCAGGAGAGAGCCUACUGGGUGGUUCACAGACCUCCACCGGGGACGGUGAGCGGGAUGGACUACGGGCUGGACCGACGGGUCGAUCCAAACGCAGACGAGACAAAAACACCCGACUUCUACGAGAGAAUCAUGAUCUUCACCCAGCAGGCCAUCAUGAGGCCCAGAGUGAAGUCAUCAGUGUCCAUCGGAGCUUUGGUGAAAUACUGCGCCACCUACCACAGCCACGACCCCUUCCUCUCCAAGUGUCUCCCCAGCAACCCCUGGCAGACCGACGACAACACGUACUGGACUCUGAACAUGCACAACGUGGAGAUUCCCACCAAGAUGCGCGUGGAGAGGUGGACGUUCAGCUUCAGAGAGCUGCUCUCCGACCCUCGAGGACGAGACGAUUUCAGACUCUUCUUGAAGAAAGAGUUCAGCGGUGAGAACCUGGCCUUCUGGGAAGGCUGUGAGGAUCUGAAGUGGGGCACUGCCACACAGAUGAAGGAGAAAGCGGAGCAAAUCUACAAGACCUUCCUGGCCCGCGGAGCGCCGCGGUGGAUCAACAUCGACGGAAAGACGAUGGAGAUCACCGUGAGCGGCCUCAGGCAUCCACACAGAUACGUCCUGGACCCGGCUCAGACCCACAUCUACAUGCUGAUGAAGAAGGACUCGUACGGCCGCUAUCUGAAAUCUCCGGUGUUUAAAGACACGCAGAAGAAGGCCGUGUGUCCUGAAGAGCACAAGUUCAGCGACGCCCAGCUGGAGCAGAACGCCCGGAACAGGCGGCCGAGCCUCAGCCCCAUCAUCCUCCGCCAGCAGGAGCAGGAGCAGCGCGCCAAGAUGGCCGCCAACGCGCCCGUCGACAUCACGCAGGUCAUGAGCAAGCUGAGCAAGCAGGGCAAGGACGGCAAGGAGCUGCCGCCGUCCCGCCGCACCUCCAAAACCUGAACCGCCGCUGCUUCAUGAGUUUUAGGUCGCAGCAAGCAAGAGUUAGAUUAAUCCAACGACGGUGACAUUUUCACCGAUUAGCCUCAAAAACAUGCAGUAUUUUUUUUAAAUGUUUGAGUAUUUCAGAUUUUUUUUGCUGUUUUUCUUAACAGAAGCUCAUAAAUAUCAGUAUUUCUCAUAAGUUAUGAGUUAUUAGUGCAGAAUUCACUUAGAAAUAGACUUUUUGGUGAUAUUCUAAAUUAAUUAUUCGUAUAAACCUUCAGUGUGGUUUGCUAAAAAUGUUUUCCUCUAAUGGGCUUUUGUUCAGGUUCAGAGCAGCUAAGAACAGGAGAACUGGAGAUCUUUUGCUGUUCAAUUUCAGUCUCAUAAAGACAGAGAAACGUUCCAGUGAGGAGCGUCGACAAUGAUCGGCUGUUUAGGAGGAAAGUGAAGCUUCUGAUGUGGAGUUUAGUUCAAAUCUGCUCUGGAAUCUGUUCAACAGAUGGUGUCAGAAGAGUAAAUGACAGAUUCAUAUAUGACAUACUUUUGCAGUUUCCUGACUCAUGCAUAGACAAGUUUUACAUAUAUUUAAUCAGAUUUUUAAAAUGAACACUGAUGUCUGAGUGAUUUCAGUUGAAAGCCUCAUGCUGUGUGUUUCCACCUGUUUGUCACGUUUCCUUUGUUUUUCUGCUCAUUCACUGUUUUCUGUGUACCGUCUUUGUCG